AUGGACAGAGCCGAGUCAAUUACAGCCGCAACGUCCGAGAACUCCUCUCGUGGUCCUUCGAUCCCGCGGCUUCCAGUGGAGGUCUGUGAACGGAUCAUCGACUCCAUCGCUGCGGGAUGGGAUACGCGUUAUGCUGAUGCAAAGGGCGAGCCACAUCUGACCACUCUCACAUCCUGCGCGCUCGUAUGCCAAGACUGGUACUUCCUGACGUGGUACCAUCUUCGUCAACGCAUCCAUCUACGAGACCGGAAGGACGUCCUCUCGCUCUCCAAGACACUCCGCGCAAAGCCUCGCCUCCGUGAGGUCAUUCAACAGGUCUUCAUAUCGGGUGGUUCUCCCGGGGAGCGUCAACCGAUCCGGCACCUGGGGACGUUUGCCGCUAUGCUCGCGGGCAAGGCUCCGAGGUUGUCGAGUAUCACCAUUGAAGAUGCUGAGUGGACCAUCGGCAUGGUGCGAAUGGAGGACAUCGGCUUUCUAGCGCUGUUCAGCUCCAUCAGCACUCUAGACCUCUCCAAUGUCACCUUGUCGAGCGCCGCCCAGCUUCGCCACCUCGUGUCAGCACUCCCGUGGCUUAGUGAAUUAUGGUGCUUCAAUGUUGACUGCUCGCAGAAACAGCACGUCUCCCCGGCCUCUCUCCCACUAAACUGUGCAAAUCUGGACAAUCUCAAUGUGCGAUGGGUUGCACCAGCAGUCGAAGACCUCUUCGUGCAGAUCAGCCGGGCUUCUCGAGUGCGCGAUCUCGGUAUUGGGGUGGACGGCGAGUUGGAUCCAUCCUCGGCAGCUAGCAGAAGCCAGACUUUGCUGGAUGCGAGUUCCACAUCUGCAGAAACGGUUCGACUCUAUAUCGAUCCCAGUUCUCCUGUUCGUGACGAUGCAAUUGAUGCCACAGUCGGCAGGCCUACAGAGCGACAUUGCAACCUGUCACGCCACGACCACCUGCGGAGGUUGGAGAUCUGGCUGGAGCACCCCUUUGCAGAGUGGCCCUGGAUCCCGCAUAUCCUGUCUCGCAUCGUCUCGAAGCACUUCCAAGUUAUUUUUAUUGUGUCAUAUCUUCGAAUGGACCACAUGGCGGAAGACCUGGACGGACUGCUGGCGGCAAUGGAGCAGGAUGGUCUCCUGAUGCGAUUGGACAGUAUAAUGCAGGCGAAGCGCUUCUCCGAUACUGUUGCGUCGCGUGGCUUCUGUAUAGGCAUUGUCGAGGAUGGAGGCUAUUGGACGUCGCGCAAUACUGGGAUGGGUUCAGCACUACGAGAGCGGCACGAUCGGUUGGACGAGCUCGUCAGGCGGAAGAUGCCACACUCGCAUGCACGAGGUAUUUUGAGAAUUCGUCAGCUGGAGGGAGGACAUGCAAAAGAUACAUCGUCGCCGUAA